ACUUCCUCUCCCACUUCCUCUUCCUCUACCUCCACCAGCAGAUGCAGCAGGUGACGUGAUCACGUGACCGUGAAGCAGAAAAAAAGUGGGUUCAUGAGAAUCACAACAAUAAAAGUCAAUAACAGAAUAAAAACAUGAGGUCGUGAACUCUGCCGGUUCCUCGCGGGAGCUGCCGCCGGUGAAAGCCCGGGAAUCAGGUCCGUGUGUCGGCGCAGCUCCGUGCGUGUGUUUCCGGUGCUUCGUCCCGGCCACCGUCACUCCGCUCAGCCGCCUCUCCCCCUCCUCUGCUCGGCUCGGCUCAGCCUCAGCAGCCGCCGCCGGACACAGGGACACCGACCGCUUACUGACCGCGACACGUCCGUCGUUGAUGCCGUGCAGCUGAGAGCAGAGCCGGGGGCAGCGGGCACGAGUCAUGGCAGUGUCCGCUCUCUCCGAGACCGACAUCAGGUACCGGUCCAUGGCGGAGGAGGAUCCGAACGGGAAUGAGCACGGGGCGGCCGCACGCAGCGCGGCGCCCCGCUGGGGACCGCAGCACGCCGGGGCUCGACAGCUGGCGAGGCUCUACUCUCCCGGCAAGCGGCUCCAGGAGGUGCUGUGUGUGGUUCUGUGCCUCCUCCUCUUCCUCAUCAACCUCUCGUUCCUCCUCCUCCACUUCUCCACCGUCCACAUCCACAGGAUCGUCCUGGGCGUCGUCCUCGGGAUCGUGACGGCAGACUUUGCGUCGGGGGUGGUCCACUGGGGGGCCGACACCUGGGGAUCCGUGGACAUCCCUGUUAUUGGCAAGGCCUUCAUUCGACCGUUCCGGGAGCACCACAUCGAUCCCACCGCCAUCACUCGCCACGACUUCAUCGAAACCAACGGGGACAACUGCAUGAUCCCCAUCCUGCCACUGACCCACAUGGCCGUCAAGUUCCUCACGUACACACCAGAGGCCCUGGCGGCGUCCUAUCCCUGGGACUGCUACGUGUUCGCCCUGGCUGUGUUCGUCACGCUGACCAAUCAGAUUCACAAAUGGAGUCACGUGUACUUCGGCCUCCCGCGCUGGGUCACGCUGCUCCAGGACCUGCAUCUGGUGCUGCCACGGAAACACCACCGCAUCCACCACGUCUCGCCACACGAAGCGUUUUACUGCAUCACCACAGGCUGGUGUAACUAUCCACUGGACCAGCUGGGCUUCUGGAGACGGAUGGAGCAGGUGAUUGAGUACGUGACGGGGAAGAGGCCGCGGUCAGACGACCUGGCGUGGGCCAAGAAGACCGAGUGAGAAACACACAAACACACAGGAUGUACAUGCAAAGACACAGAGAUGGCAACGGAUCAGGAGAAUAACACACACACACACCCACACACACAAUUUACUCCUGUCACUGUGCUUCUUGCUUUUUUUGUAAAAGAAAUGUAAAAGAAAAGAAGGUCCAGGUGAUUGCUCUGGAGUCUGUAGUUUAACGAGCUUUGAAAGCAGGAGGUGAGAACGCUGCUGUAACAGCCAAUUAGCUUGUAGGCCUGUUCGACCAAUGAGCUGUGGCGGUGUGUGGGUGUCGGAAGGUUUCUGGAGGUUGGGCUCUCCAGGAGUGACACCGCACACACCUGCACACAAUCACACACACACACACACACACACACACACACAAGCCUGUAAGUUAAAUGUUCAGUCAUAUCUCUGUUUUUUUUCUUGUCUAUUUUUUUUGUGUUAAAGUUGUUUUGUCCUUUGUAGAAACUUCAUUGUCUUCUUCAAACUCUCGCUGCUGCAGUUACACACAUGAAGGUGACAAUCUGAUAAUUGUUUGCUUUAGACAAACUUUAGACAAACUAGCCUAUUUAUGGUUUAAACAACUUAGAGGUUUUGGUCAGUUGUCGUCAGCUGUCUUCAUCCAAACUGUGCGACUCUCCUCAUUGAUCGUGUUUCAUUGACAGAAGCUUUGGAGCAGUUCACUCUCUGUUUUUUUGAGAAACACAGAAAUCUGCUUGUGCAAACCUGAAAUCUUCUGAAUGAAGGUUUGGAGAAAUAAGCUGAAUCGUAUCUAGAAGCUGGAUUUCCCUUUAAUCCAGAUCAGGGUGUCUUCCCUCCAUUUGAACACAACAUGCCAGAGAUAGAAGUUGAGCCUUCUUGGCGUCAGUGAUUUUAUGUAACGACCCAAACCUGCAGAGAGAAAAUGUUUCUAAGACGAAUUUCUGUUUCCUGGAGGAUAUAUAAAUGAAUGUAUGUCUUUAUUUAAAACUCCAAAAUGUGUCGUUAGCAUUAGCUUGUCACAACAGACAGAAUCCUGCUUCUUGUUCAAAUCACCGAGAAUUCAAACCAGGCCCCUAAAGAAAGUCCUUUAGUUUAUUAUAGCGAUUUUAGAAAAUCUAUUUAUUGCUUUGUAUUUGUCAUUGUAAGAUAAAUAUUUUUGCAUUGUUUUAAGAAGCCAACCUCCAAACUUACACCAGAUUCGUUGAAGAAAUGUGUUUUGACAGUUUAGCAUCACCUGGAAGGGAAAGGGGGGGAAUACCAAGUUAAUUUUUAUUUCACUGGAAAGCAAAAUUCAUUUUUAUUUUUCACCAAGUUGCUUAUAGAAUGCAAAUAUUCUCUUUAUUGUCUCUGAACUAUGUUUAUGUCUCAUACUGUGAAAACCUAGUGACUGACUCUGCACUCGAGUCUUUAGCUGCUUGACUUCCCUUCAGUCAGAGAAGGUCAAUAAUAAACAGCACUUCCUUGUUUUACUGAGUAAACGUCUGUAAACGUGUCCGAGAGGCACCAGCUCACACUAUACUGAUAUAAUCAUGCAUGCAAACAUACACACAAUAAAUCUCUUGAAUGCAGUCAUACACAAACAAACAGACACACACACACUGUGUUCUCUUGUUUUCUCUGGCUUCAUAAUAUUUCUAUUUUUUUAUCUACAGCUCAAGCCUUGUAUAUUCUGAUGUUCCAUUUUGCAGCUCAACGCUCGCUGCUCGU